AUGUACGCCGCUCAGAAUAUAACGCCAACAGUUUUGGAUGCCAUGAACGGAAAUGUUUCCGAAUGGUAUAACGAAUGCGACAAUGCCAUUAGAAGGUCAGAAAUAGUUCCUGGAACUUACGAAUAUACAACUGCUGUUUCUUAUGGAAACGUAGGUGAGUUUGGAGAAGGUUCUUCAACAACAGUAGAUAUUGCUUGCGACAGGUUUCAUAUAAUUUCUAUUGACAACUCAUUCUUAUACGUGGAACAAGACAUUGAAAUAAAACCUUCUGCCAAGUUGUCUGACAAGAAAGGUUGCAAUGGAAUUUUCUAUGUCGGAUACCAAUAUGCUCCAGAAGUUUUCAUGGGAUAUAAGAUAUAUUCUAACUCUGACUUAGUUCAAACAGUAACAUGGGCAAACUAUGAAUGGUUCGCUUUGAGAAACUCAGUACAACCACAAGCUAGAGAACAAACAGACCAGUAUGCAACUAUUGAGAAAAUAAGAAGACUUGACCCUAACGUUCCAGGAGUUUAUGUUAA